AUGGACUCGCCGCUGCUGCGCGUUCACUGGCAGCGCAUCGUGUUCGACGAAGGCCACCAGCUCGGGGUGUGCGCGAGCAUCACGCAGAAGCUCUCCAUGGCGUGCGCGUUGAAGUCGCACGCGAGGUGGGUCAUGACGGGAACGCCGACGCCGGCGACGUUGAAGGGCACGGGCGUCGCGUACCUCCAGCCGUUGCUCGCGUUUUUGCGGCAGCCGCCGUUCGGGAACUCGCGCGAGCUGUGGAUGAGCGCGAUUCAGAGGCCGCUGCAGGCGACGGAGGGGUGCGGAACCGGCGCGAAGGGCGGCAAGGGAGUAAGGGGGAAGCACGGUGGUAAGUUUUCGAAGAACGGCGCGACGCGGAAGGGCGCGCGCGCCGGACGGAUCGCGAUGACGGAUCGCGACCCCGACGCCGAGUUCGACGGCGCCGCCGCGGCGGAGCGCGCGUCGCACGCCCACGACGCGCGAGAGCACGCGCGCGCGGACGCCGCGUCGCGACUCGCGUCCGUUCUCGAGCGGACGACGAUUCGCACGUUGAAGUCCGACAUCCGUCUGCCGCCGUUGACGCGAGAAGUUCGGUCGUUACGAUUCACGAAGACGCACGCCGUCGCGUACAACGAGCUCGUCGCGUUCGUGCGUCGGUCGCUCCUUCUCGCGGACUGGGCGGACGAGUCCCAUCGCGAGUCGCUCCUGAACCCGGCGCAGACGCGAAACGCGAAGGACGCAGUGCGAAACCUUCGCGAGGCGGCGUGCGUGACCGGGACGUUCCCGGUGAGCUGUUUCCACGACGAGAUUGAGGAGACGAUCGUCGACCUCGUGCGCGCGCUGACGACGAAGAAGGGCGUCGCGCGCGCGACCGCGGAGGCGACCGCGAACGCGCUCCGGUACCCGCUGUUCCACGCGAGAGGCGCGUGCGAUCGGUGUCGGCGACCGUCGUUCAUGCCGUUCGUGACCCCGUGCGCGCACUUGCUGUGCACCGGAUGCGUCGCCGUCGUCGGGGACGAGCGCGAACGCGGCGUCUCGUCGACGACCGCGCGCGACUUUAUUCACGAGAAGCGCGCGCCGCGGCGGUGCCCGGUGUGCGCGUCAUCGUUCGUCAUGCAAGCGCCGACGCCGCGGGCGGAUAACCCAGCGCCUCGACAGGCGGUCCCGCAAGACCUGAUCGAGAUUCAGCCGUCGUACGUGCAGCACGCGUGGAGGAUGACGGACGCGCUCGAAGCGCAGGGGGAGAGCACGAAGGUUCGGCAUCUGCUCUCGCGCCUUCGCGAGAUGGGCGCCGCGGCGCCGGAGGAGAUCCUCCGCGCGCACCGCCCGCCGAUCGCGGCGAACGCGGAGGACGCCGCGGCGACGAGCGAGGACGGCGGCGUCUCCGCGCCCGCGCCCGCGCCGCCGCUGCCGCCGUCGCUGUGGCGUAGAGUCGGCGUCGGCGCCCCCGCGAAGGUCAUCGUCUACAGCGGUUUCCGGACGCACUUGGACGUCAUCGAUCUCGGCCUCACCGGCGCGGGCGUGGACUUCGUGAACAUCGCGCGCAUGGGCAUGACGCGCGCGCAGCGCGACGCCGCGCUCGCCGCGUUCCGAGGCGACCCGGACGUCGCCGUGCUUCUCCUCGACCGCGCCGCCGCGGAGGGUUUAGAUUUAUCCUUCGCGUCCGUCGUGUUCGUCAUGGAGCCGUUAGAUAACACCGCGCUGGAACAGCAGGUCGUGUCGCGCGCGCACAGGAUGGGGCAGCGGCGCGCGGUGAAAGUCGAGGUUCUCGCGAUGCGCGAGACCGCGGAGGAGACGCUCUUGGACGUGCAGGCGGAGCUCGCGAGCGCGGCGGCGGCGGCGGCGGCCGCGGCGAAGAAGAAGAACGCCGACGUCGACGACGCGUCCGACGACGAGGCCGGCGAGAACGACGACGACGACGACGACGACGACGAGCGAAACGGCGGCGUGGAGGGGCGCAUCGCCGCGGCCGCGCUCGAGGGCGAGUCCGUCCACGGCGGCGGCGGCGGCGGCGGCGUCGAUCCCUCCGUCGCCGCGGACGCGUUAUCCCGAAGACGGAUCCUGCAGAGCCUCAAGCUCGUGGACGUCCCGAGGGACGACGACGACGACGAGGACGCGAGCGACGAGGACGCGGCGGCGAACGCGGCGGCGAACGCGGCGGCGAACGUCGCCGCGAACGCUCGCUUCGCGUCGGACGUGGACGUCGCGAGGGAAGGGAGGACGGAGCGGCGGCGGGCGGCGGUGACGUUCGCGGAUCUGAGCGACAGCGGCGGCGGCGACGGCGGCGGCGGCGGCGGCGGAGGGGGUGAAAUCACUCCCGCGUCCGUUUCCGCGGGCGGCGCGAGCGGACCCGCGAAGGCAGGGGUCAGCGGUGACGAUCGCGCGCCUGAAUCGUCUAAAUACGAAGCUCCGCCACCGAGUGGCGGCGGCGGCGGCGGCGGCGGCGGCGGCGGCGGCCAACGAAAGCAGUGGAAGGUUCGCGUCCGCGCGGUCCGCAUCCACGCCUCCCUCGCUGCCGCGGAAGCGCCCGCGCCCACCGCGCCCGGAUCCGGACCUCCGCCUCCCCCGCCGCAGACGCUGCUCCUCCCCGACGGCGCGUCCACGACGGCGUCGGAGCUCAGGCACGUCGCGGAGUCGUCCUUUAUCGCGGAGGAUGCAAAGUACCGCGUGUUUUCUCUCUCCGUCGGACACCACAACGUGAGGACGCUCUCGGAGGAUGACGACGACGUCGCGAUCGCGGCGCUCGGGGUGACGAAUCUGGACGUCGUGUCCGCGACGCUCUACGUCGUGAACGACGGCGUCGGAGGCGCGGACGCGGGCGCGGGCGCGGGCGCGG